UCAAAAAGUAUCAACUUCCUGUUGAUAUUUUUUUGCACGUUUCUCGAUGAAGAAAUGACAAAACGUCGUUAUCUCUGAAAAGUUCAUUACCAAAUAAUUUCAUUCAUGUUCAUUAAACAGCUUUUUUACCGAUGUAAACCGAGAUUAUCAUCUAUAGACUCCAAAAGACUUGUAGUUGUAAGAACUGAAACAAAUGGACAUAAAUUUCUCCAAGUUGCAAGAUACAAGUUAUUUGAUAGAAUACCUCUGAUUAAUCUACAGUCCGUUUCAUCAAAUUUCUAUGAUAUUUUCAACAAUUUGAAAUUGAAAAUGGAUAACAUUGACUCUGAGUCUGAGGCGUCAGAAUUGUGUCCACCUAAACAUGUUUUAGGGAUGAAAGUUUUAGACAAAUCUGCCUUCAAAAGCACUUGUAAAAUUCCAGGAGUUAAAGUACCAAUUAAAGCAAUAAAACAAAUGAGUAAAUGUAUGAAGUUAUCAAUGCUGAGGAUGCCAAAACUGAAACCCAUAGCAGAUCUUGAAAACUUUGAUCCUGAUUAUAAAUCACACAAGCUAUUUCUUCUCAAUCCAUCGAAAUAUAAGUCAAUAGACGAUUUUAGCAGUGAAGAAAGAGAAAUGUUCAAUAAAGCUGACGUAAGCUUGAAUACUUUUCAGCAGUAUGAAACAGAGUUGUGCUAUGAUAAUUGGUCAGCUUCAGAAAUUAUUCCAGCUAUCGUAAAAACCAAUGUCUCUGGAUUUUCCAUUAUAGGCCAUAUAGCCCAUCUUAAUUUAAAAGAUGAAGUCCUCCAAUAUAAACAUAUUAUAGGCCAGGUUUUAAUGGAUAAAAACCCUUCAGUGAAAACAGUAGUAAACAAAACUGGUCAAAUAGAUAAUACUUUCCGUAAUUUUAAAAUGGAAUUAAUAGCUGGAGAAGAUAAUAUGAUGGCUCAGGCAAAAGAACAUGGAUUUACAUUUGAGUUUGACUUCUCAAAAGUGUAUUGGAAUCCCAGAUUGAGUUCUGAGCAUCAAAGGGUUGUCAAAGAAAUAAGAGAAGGAGAUGUUGUCUAUGAUGUUUUUGCCGGUGUAGGACCAUUUGCUAUACCGGCUGCUAAAUCUAGGAAAGCUAUUGUUUUUGCUAAUGACUUGAAUCCUAGUUCUUAUGAAAGUCUUUGUAAAAACAUAAAACUAAACAAAAUUAAGACAGAAGUAAACUGCAGUAAUUUAGAUGGGAGAGAAUUCAUCAAGACAAUAGUCAAACCUGAUAUUUUAAAAAGAUGGAAAAAUUAUAAGAAAACAGGAAAUAAGACAAAUUUGAAAGUUGUUAUGAAUUUGCCAGCUCUUGGUAUUGAGUUUACUGAUACAUUUCAGUCAUUAUUUGUUGAUAUUGAUGACAACAUAAAACCUACAUCAUCUGAUUUACUUCCUUAUAUGUAUGUGUAUUGUUUUACAAAGAGUGAGACACCUGAAGCUGAUAUAAAACAGAGGCUAGAGAGUACAAUAGGAUCACCAUUACCAGAUGACUUUACCAUUCAUAAUGUUAGAAAUGUAGCCCCUAAAAAAGAGAUGAUGUGUGUGUCCUUCCAUAUGCCAGCUGAGGUUUUAUUUAGACAAAAACCAAAGGAGGGUGAUGGAUCUGAAGUUAAGAAAAGAAGGAUAGAUUUGGAAGAAAAUAACAGUUGACUUUUUACAUGUGUUAAUUAAUUUGUCACUUUACAAAUCUACUCUGAAACUGUUUGGUAAAUUUAUAUAAAACUUGACAUGAAUGAUGUAGGGUAUGUUUUCGACAAAUCUUCCUCACUUGAUUCUGAUGUGAAAAAAACAAUGGCUACUAGAGAGGCUUGUUUAAUUCUGAUUGGCUAACUUUUAAGAUCUUCACUGAAAUAACAAGGCUAAUAACAGUGAAACUUUAAUCAAAGGGAAUGAUAAAUUCAAAGCCAUUUGAAGAUAAAUUUAUCGAGAUGAUUAAUUAAGAGGUACAUUUGCAAGAAGAGAAAAUUGGGGGGGUCAAAGAGUCUCUAGUUUAGGUAAACUCCUACUCUGACUUUAAGGUAAUGUUUAUCCAUAUAGAUUUAAAAGAGGAGCAAGACACCAGAGGAGUUCAAACUCAUAAAUCUAAAAUAAACUGACAAUGCCAUGGCUUAAAAAGAAAAAGACAAACAGACAAACAAUAGUACACAUGUCACAACAUAGAUAACUAAAGACUUAACAACAAGAACCCCACGAAUAACUGGGUUGAUCUCAGGUGCUAUGGAAGUGUAAGCAAAUCCUGCCCCACUAGUGGCACUAUUGCUCAUGUGAGUGGUAGCAGAAUCUGAACAUUUUUCAUGUGAGGACUGACCAGAUAGCAAUUAAAUAAAACAAUUACAGAGUUGUAGCAUAAUCUGAAAUUAAAAUACAGUCUUAAGUUACCUUAUAUGUAGUCUGUUUAAUUCAUUGAUUAAAUCUUAUUUCAGAACUUUU